AUGGACUGCGACGCCGGGAGCUCCUCGCCGCAGCGCCAUGAACCCUUCAAGGCGUGCUCCGGCCCCCCGCUGGCGUUCGACGCCAGGGGCCAGGCGGAGCCGCUGCUCGCGGAGGCAUUCGACCGAUUCAGAGUGGUAAUGUGCGGAGCAGACCCAGACGUUGUGCGUUCUCAGUUGAACGAACUCCAAGCUGGCGUGCAAGGUGCCGGUUUGCAUGGUGAAAGAGCAUUGGCAGCUGUGGUCCAGGCCAGGGACAGAUGCCUCUUUCAGAAUUUGGACUGCAACACGUUUACGCUGUUCUACAGAUUUGUGUUCUUUGUAUGCCGCGAUAUGGGAAAGCGUGCAUUGCAGGUUGAGAGAGCCGUACAGGCAUGGAAAAUUGUGUUGAAGAACAGGUUCAGGUUGCUGGACAGGUGGUGUGAAUUUGUGAUGGGCAGUGCACGGUUGGUGAUCACUGAGGACACAUGGAGGCAGGUCCUGGACUUCAGCCGACAGAUUCAUGAAGAUCUCAGGAAUUAUGAUCCAAGCAGUGCCUGGCCAGUGUUGCUGGACGAGUUUGUGGACUACCAGCACAAGCAGAGAGCCAGCUUCAGGAACAGGAUAGUUGAACGCGUGGAAAGAAUGGUUCCGAACUGUACUCUGUCUUUGCAACCUUACUCUCCGAGGCUCAUGGCACUGUCCCCUGCUUCUGGAAGCAAGCGGCGUCGGCCAGAUGAUGUGGAAGCUGUAGCUGCCCAAUUGUCACACCUUCCGAUGGUGUCCAGCAACUUGGAGGGUGAAGGCCAGGGUGAUAGCAAGAGGAUAUGCCUACAAAGAUGCCAGAGCUGCUGCAAGAAUUCCCCAUCGGCUGCACAGCCACCCACCUGCGAGGCGUCAAUGGAAUCUGCCAACUGGGAGGAACCUGAGUGCCUUGCUGCCCAAGAUGGACUGGCUGGUUAUGCCACACCAGAUCCGAAUCCAGCGCUCAGGGGGGUGUUUGGCCAAGCUUCAGGCUGCUGUGCUGAUGCAGAUGCUUGUUUUGACCUGUCUGCUUACGAUGAGGGCUGCAGGCAUAGUUUUGAGGUGCGUGGGGGCAGAGACACAAUGACAAUCGUGUAUGAUGAUGCGCAGCAACUUGGGGGUGUGCCUGCUGCAGGUGUAAUUGUUGGGCCUAGGAUUGGGCUUCCAGGUGGUGUUCAAACAGAUUCCUUGGGUACAUAG